AUGAAGCCGCUAUCUGUGCUGCUCGGCGUCGGCCUCGUCAGCGUCAGCCUCACCGCUCCCGCUACGGAACCCUACCAAGUCAUCACCACCGAGGACGGCAUCCCCAUCAUUCGAACCAACAUUGUUCGGGUCGAAACCCCCGCCGCCGCCGCCGCUGUCCCCUACGCUCCGCCAUCUCACUCCGUCAUCUCCCACUUCGCGAAGCUAGCUUCGGGCGCCUUGGGAUGGCUCCACGUCCCCGGAUUCCGUGUCGCGCCCGUCUUCAACCAGGACACGCCCACCGCCGUGGCCGACUCCAACGGCGACGUUUGGAGCGGAGGCUACGGCAGGAAAGGCCACGGCAAGGGCCGCCACGGCCAUCAUCGCCAUCGUCAUAACCGGAAGCCUUUCCAUUUCUACCCCCGGCUGAGCCUGAAGGACGGACUCCCCUUUAUCAUUGUGGCCGUCUCACUGUCGGUGGUGGUUGCCUGCUCAUUGUUGAGAAGGACGGCUGCCGCGCUCAAGGGCGAAGAGAACCCGCCUGUCGACUCUGCCCUGGCUGAAAAGGGGCGCCUGCAGCGGCGGUUUGAGGACUUGCAGACGGGCGCGAAGACGGUCUCUGGCCCCGUCGUCUCGCCUGCUGAGAGCUGCUGA